UGUCUAGUGGUCAAAAUCCCAGACAUAAGAAAUAUUAAACUGUGCAUUGCCUGCUUUGGUCAGCUACUGCUAUGAGUCAAUGGCGACGCCAUAUUGGUCACGGCAAGAGUAGCAUGUAAAGAAAUGCAAGUAAACGGCGGAACAGCGCUUCUUCCGCAUUAAAAGCACAAUGGCGUUUACAUUUCUUAACACAUGUCAUUCCUUAUGAUAUACGUGCAGCACAAACACAUCGUGCCUUUAGAUACUUUAAAUCUAUAAAACCAUAGACUGUAUACAAUAGACAAAACCCCAUGAUCACAGUAGAGUCAAAAACACAGCAGACUACUUUUAUUUUGAAACUGCAGUUACGAUACUUCAUGAAUAUUAAUGAAUAAACGGAAGCACUCGCUGAUUGGCUUAAAGGCAUGCGUCGGUCAGAAGGCUUGACCGCUGGCGAAUGAGAGGUGUACGACUUUGCAUUUUAGGACGGUUACCGAGCAACAACAACACUUCCGUCUUCAUCAGCUACAAUGUAAGAAGUGAAAAUCCACGUAAAUGAUGUUUAACCGGCGAAUCAGUCCUUUUUAUUAUCAUGGGAGCACAAAGCUCACGGGCUGGUAAACACAUGCUGAAACAAGGCGGAAGAGGAAAAGAGAAAACCUGCUGUUCAGGCAGCAUGAGAAGACUUAUGAAACAGUGCCAUUGUCCUUCCAGGGCUGGUAAACACAUGCUGAAACAAGGCGGAAGAGGAAAAGAGAAAACCUGCUGUUCAGGCAGCAUGAGAAGACUUAUGAAACAGUGCCAUUGUCCUUCCAGAAGGCUGCUUGUUCCACUCCUGAGCCUGGCAUUGAUUUUACUGGCUCUGUUAAAACUGCGUCUCUUUCACACUUACCAAAAACCCAUUGAAGUGUCAGUAGAUCCCAUCUAUCGAGAGCGUGUCCGUACAUAUGUCCAGGAGGUGCUGAGAAAUGAGUGCAGACCUUCUUUCGCCCGACAGAGAACGAGAGCUGAUCAUUCCAGAUCCACGCCAGUGGCACAGCCGUUUUUAUACAAGAACACUAUUUUAAAUGAUGAAAUAUUCAAGUAUCCUCCACCGUUUGGCUUCAUGGAUAUGCAGAAGAAUCUUAAAGAAGUGCUGAAGCUCCUUCCUUCUUCAGAGGAGAGCUCUGGCGGACGGGAGUGUCGUCGAUGUGUGGUGGUUGGUAACGGAGGGAUACUGAAGGGAUUGGGCCUCGGGCCUCUUCUCAAUCAAUUUAAUGUCAUUAUACGGUUGAACAGCGGACCCGUGAAAGAUUUUAUCGCAGAUGUUGGAAAUCGCACUUCAAUCAGAAUGACGUACCCUGAGGGUUGCCCGAAAGUUUGGGAAGAUACAGAUUCAGAUCUCAAGCUUGUUGCUGUGAUCUACAAAUCUGUAGAUUUCCUCUGGCUUCGUGCAAUGAUCACCGAAACGGCCAUUUCGCUGUGGGACUGGCUGUUUUUCUGGCAGAAGGUUCCUGUGAGGGUUCCAAUUGACGUCUCCCAAUUUCUUCUUCUGAAUCCAGAGAUCAUUCGAGAAACCGCUCUGGAUCUUCUUCAUUUCCCCACGCCCAGGAAACGAUUCUGGGGCUGGGACCAGAACGUUCCAACUUUAGGGGUGUCUGCUCUCAACCUGGCAACAUAUGUAUGUGAUGAAGUCAGCAUAGCCGGCUUUGGGUAUAAUCUCAGCCAGAGAAACGCUCCUCUGCAUUACUACGAUGACCUCACCAUGACGGCCAUGUUAAAGGAAUCUAUGCACGAUGUACACACAGAGAGAGUUUUUCUCAAACAUCUGAUCAUGUCAGGCACUGUAACGGAUCUCACAGGUGGAAUACACUGCAAUUUCUGUUAAAAGAACAGAAUUCUUCUCUAAUCCCACUAAUGUGAUUGAACUAACACUGAUGAGGUAUUUUCUUAUCCUCCAAGCUGUGAUCAUGCUUUGAAGAUGAAUCAUAAUGUGGCACAUUUUAAUAUAUGUAUUUUAUUUUCAUUACAUUGUCUAAGUUUUAUAAUUAUGUUUUUCCAAAAUAAAGUACAUUUUAUCCAUUUA